AUGCUUUUGUUUCGUCAGUUGUCCUCAUUGUCACCGUCUGUACUGAGAAAACCCAUAAGCCGCACCAUGUCUUCGCUCUCACCAGAGAACUCACGGAUACAUGUCCUUGGACUUGGAAGCAUCGGCACCUUUACUGCACAUUCGCUGCGUGAAAUCCCGAAUCAUCCGCCGGUCACUUUGCUUCUGCAUCGCGAGUCGUUACUGGACGGAUAUCACCAAGCCGGUCACCAGAUCCUACUCGAUACGCGCGAGGGAACCCGAGUCGGACAUGGAGGGUUUGACCUGGAGGUUUUCCGGCAGGGGAAUUGGACCCCAGUACCAACUAUGGCUGACAGGCAGAUGGGAUCUGAUUACGGUGGCGAUUCAAUUAUCAAUCAUCUCAUAGUCAGCGUCAAAGCUACGCAGACCGUCUCAGCCCUGCGGCCACUCCGGCAUCGUCUCUCCCCCGGCUCGACUAUACUCUUUCUACAAAACGGAUGCGGGAUGAUAGAGGACGUGAACGAAACUCUAUUUCCCGAUUCACAGUGCAGACCAUCUUACAUUGUCGGCGUCGUCUCGCACGGUGUCACAUCUGACAGAACUUUCCAUGUCCAUCACCGGGGCCCCGCCGCAAUGUCUCUCGGGCCUGUUCCUCGAAAGCCCGGACCGACAUCAUCUGGAGGCAAGCAGGAAUGCAAUUAUCUCCUACACAGCCUACCCCAAGCCCCCCGCCUGAACGCAACCGCAUAUUCCUACAUCGAUGUCUUCCAGAUUCAACUCGAAAAACUCGCCGUCAAUGCCUUCUGCAACCCACUCUGCGCAUUGAACAAUGCUAAGAACGGCUUUCUUUUUACCCUCCCCGAUACACGGCGGGAAAUCCUAACAGAGAUCUCCGCGGUUGUGCUGGCAUUGCACGAACUACAAAGCGUACCUGGUGUCCGCGCACGGUUUGCGGUCGAGCGGCUUGAAGCCACGGUUAAUAGGAUUCUAACUCAAACAGCGGAGACGACAUGUUCGAUGGUCUGGGAUCUCAGGGCUGGGAGGGAGACGGAGGUCAGAUAUAUCAACGGGUAUUGGGUGCGGAGGGGUAGGGAGGUCGGAGUGAGGACUCCGAUUAAUGAGUCAUUGAUGGAGCAAGUGCUUGUGCGGAGUAGUAGUUCUGGUCACAGAUGA